AUGACGCCGACGUCACACCACGAGACCUGUCCUUCCGGUCUGUCUGGUAAGAGCUCGAGGCUCAAGGAUGGACGUAUAAGCGCCCACCAAGGCGCAGGCCGUACGACUGAUACCGCUAUAUCCGUCCCUGCUGCGCGUGAAAGAGUCGAUUACUUCUUGGUGACGAAGGGGUGCUUGCGUUUUACGCGAACAUGCGUACUUGAACGGGAACUCUUCAACCGGUCAGUGUCGAUCAAAUUAGUGGGCGGUGAUUCUGGAUCGGAGGACGAAGUGGCGGUCGACGAUGCUUCUGCCGAUUCAGCGGAUGAUGCAAGUGACUAUGAAUUUGUUGUAAUUGAAGACGUGGACGACUCUCUCAACAACGUUGUAGAAGGAGCUGAUGAUGCGGAUUGUAGUUCCAUGGAAUCUGGAGACGAUACCGAGAAAGACGACCUGGAUACCGGUGAAGACAUUGGCGGCUGGCGCGAGGGCCCUUAUGGGUCUAAGAAUGUGAACGAACCUGAGGAUACGGAAACUGAUAUAGCAGAUGUUAUGCAUUUUGCCACACGCUUCCUUAAUAGUUAUCAUAACGAAGAUCAAGUUCUUGCUGAAGCGCAGUGUGAUACGUGA